AUGUCUGCCUCUCACUCCUCCCCUGCCUUUACCUCCCCUCUUGCCUUUCUCUGGCUGUACGAGUUCCGGCGACAGAAUGGCAUUCUCACCUCCCGCCUGCUGGAUAUCAAAGACCAGCUGAACCAGGGUGAGCAGCUCACGGAGCUACUCUCCAACUUCCUCAAUGACCUCAUCGUCAUUGUCGCAUCCAUGGUCACUGUCCUCACUGGCUACUCUGAUGGAGCUGAGCACCGCAUCCGCCGGCUGCACCGUCUCCUCAGCAAGGCCCUGGUGCCUCUGUACCAUUACGACGCCUCCUUCAAGCUAGGCAAUCAAGCUCUCAUCGAUUGCAUGGCUCAGCUUGAGGCCCUGUACGACCUGCCUGAAUCCUUCUUCGACGGUGAUGAGGAGGAUACCGCUUCCUCACUUUCCUCUGCUCUUAGCGCAGCGUCAGAUGGCUCCCCUCAAUCACCUCGGUCUACACAGGGUGGCAGCGGCCCAGAGUCCGCCACAGGAAGUGACCAGAAUGACGACCAACUCUCGCGCGAUGAGGUCCUGGCCAUGAAGCUAGAUGCGGUCAUGCAUCAGGAAGGGCGUGCUUUCGAGGAUUACUUCGACGAGGCCAACAACUUCCGCAAGGAUCAGAUCCGCCUGGGUCAGGCCAACGACCGUGUGUUCAUCGAGGCCUUCCUGGCCGGGUGCGAUAACAGUCUGUACCGGCGUCGUCUCACCCACGCCCUGCGGAAGAACGGCUGGUACUGGACCUGGCUGACUCGCGAGGCCCAAUACCUCAUCUUUGAGCAGGAGUACAUGGACAAGCAGAGCUAUGCCUUGGACCAUGUCACCUCCAAUGGCUCUUUCCAAAUGCCGGACAACACCUGCAAGUACCGGCUUGUCAAGCUGUCCCCCAUCACCGAGGAGGACCUGACAGACUCGGACUUGGAGUCUCAUGAGAAGUGAACGGAUCGACCACUCUCCGGCCCUCGCAUUUCGGUCACCAGUGGAGAGAACCUCAUCUGCACCAGCCCUCGAUAUCUCCCUCCAUUAACGCCUACGCCACCUCGUGCACAUCAACGGAUCAACAACCCCCUGUCUCGGGCACCAGGACAUCAUCGAUAUCAAGACCCUUCCGCUUAUUCUCAGUCGCUGGUGUGGGUGCGGUUGUUCGCUUCGCCUUCCUUAUUUCCUUUCUCCCCGUCGUGCUUUUUGUCCCUUCGGGUCCCGGCCUGCGACGAGCGGCU